UUGCUAUGGCGUACCAGGAAGGGGAGACGCUUGAGUCCUGGCUCAAUAGAGCCACCCAUCAAUGUAACAGACAAGAGGACUGGGAGUACAUCAUGGGCUUCUGUGAUCAAAUCAAUAAGGAACUUGAAGGCCCUCAGAUUGCAAUACCACUGCUUGUCCACAAAAUCCACUCACCACAGGAAUGGGAAGCUCUUCAGGCUCUUACAGUCUUGGAGGCCUGCAUGAAGAACUGUGGGAGGAGGUUUCAUAACGAGGUUGGAAAAUACAGAUUUUUAAAUGAGCUCAUAAAAGUCGUAUCUCCAAAGUACAUGGGCGACAGUGCUCCGGAGAAGGUGAAGACAAAGAUUGUCGAGAUGCUGUACAGCUGGACUGUUGCUUUCCCCAAUGAGCCCAAGAUCAACGAAGCCUACGAGACGCUAAGAAGACAAGGGCUGGUGGCACGUGACCCAGAGUUACCUCUAGACCGGACUUUGAUACCCUCUCCUCCUGCACGGCCCAAACACCCAGUAUUUGACAACGAGGACAUGGGGAAGCUUCUUGCUGAGCUUCUCCGCAGCAAAAAUCCAGAAGACCUCCAAGAGGCCAACAGGUUGAUUAAAAAUAUGGUUAAAGAGGAUGAUGUACGGGUGCAGAAGGUGACAAAGCGUGUCAACACACUGGAGGAGGUGAACAUCAAUGUCAAGCUGCUCUCCGAGAUGCUCUCCCAUUACGAUAAAAACACCUCGUCUGAAUCCGACAAGGAGAUUAUUAAGGAACUCUACGAACGCUGUGACAAGCUGAGGCGGGCUGCUUUUAAAAUGGCCACCGAGGCUGAGGACAACGACACCAGUUUAGGUGACAUCCUGCAGGCUAGUGAUGACCUCUCCAGGGUCAUCAACUCCUACAAGAAGGUAGUGGAGGGGCUGCCUAUCAACGGCGACAGCGAGGAGGCUCGCGGCGGCCACGACCAGAGCGAAACAACCGACACCCUGAUCGACCUGGCUGGCCCCGACACUCCCAGCCCUCCUCAACCCGCUCCCCCUCCUCCACCAAUGGGCUCCAUUCCUCUCGCAGAUCAUUUGUCAGACCCCUCCAUCCCUGCUCUGCCCCCUCCUCCAAAGCUGAGCUCGCUGGGCGGCAGCCCGAGUCACCCCCUGCUGGAGACCACCCCGUCUAAGGCGCUCUCACUUCUUGAUAAUGAGCUGCUGUCUCUAGGACUCAGUGAUGACCCUCCCCACUCUCUGAGCAGCCAAUCCAAACCACAGCUCAAUGAAGCGUCCAAUCAGUGGAGCUCCUUGCAGGCCCCACCUUUGGAUGUGCUUGGGAGUGCAGCCUUGCCCCAUGCAGAACCAGCCAUGACGUCACUCCAGAACCUUCAGGACCUGGCCAUGAUGGGAUUUGCUGAUAACAAGAGUCACUUGACGUUGGGCAGCAGUUUUGGAAUGCCAGCAGUAGCUCCUCCCCCCAUGCCUGUCCAGAGCUCCCACUCCUCAGCCUCUCUCCUCAAGGGAAUGAUGCCUGCUUCCCCUGCCCUGACCCAGACCAUGACCUCCGCCCCGGGCAGCCCACUUUUCCGCUCCCUCUCCCCAUCCCACCCUCCGCUCAUCAUGGGAAGCCCGGCCAGAGCUGCAGAGAUCUCCCUAAGCAACGUGCACGUCCCCCUGGAGGCCAUCAGACCAAGUAAAGUGCUGCCAGUCACCGCCUACGAUAAGGACGGUGUUCGGGUUCUGCUCAACUUUGCGUCCGACUCUCCCCCUGGCAGACCUGACGUGUUGGUGAUGGUGGUGUCCAUGCUCAACACGGCGCCCCUCCCUGUUUACGGUGUAGUACUGCAAGCCGCGGUACCAAAGUCAAUGAAGGUGAAGCUGCAACCUCCAUCUGGGACAGAACUGGCCCCGUUCAACCCCAUCCUGCCCCCAGCUUCCAUUACCCAGGUCAUGUUACUGGCCAAUCCAACAAAGGAGAAGGUGCGCCUACGUUACAAGCUGGCUUUCACGCUUGGAGAUCGUCUCUGUAACGAGGUCGGAGAGGUCGACCAGUUCCCCCCACCUGAGGCGUGGGGUCACCUAUAGUGGUGUGAAACCCCUUACUCCUCCUUCCCAUCCCAAAAAAGGACAUUCCCACUUCCAAAAAUGCAACAUCUCAUCCUGUUUUUUGUUGCAGGUUGUUAAAUAGUUGUUAUUGAGAGUGUAUGCUGCAGGUAGCUAGCAAACACUGGAGAUGAGGACAGUCAUAUUUAAUAUAAAUAUUGUCCUUUUUUAUCCACAUGACAGCACAACAGAAAAGGUCAUUGUCAUGUUUUAAUGUAUUUUAUUUAGCAUUUUAUUUGUAUUUAUUUACAAAGAAUAUGUUGUAUAUUUGCUCUACAAAUAGGCACUUUAAACCUGAGUCACAAUGAACAUGAACUUAGUUAUUAAAUACAUAUCAUUGUUAGUAUUGGGGGUGUGUUUUGUUUUAUUGUUAACUAACACUGAACCUUGACAAUGUGAAAUCAAAUAUCCAGACUUCGGUUAAAUAGUCAAUAGCGACAAACAUGUUGGGUCCUUAACUCAUUUGCAUAUGAGUGUGAAGUGUACAUAAAAUAUGUAUGUAUUGUUUGUGGAUACAGUAUGUGAUAUGAAGAUGUGUACAUUUGUACAUUCUGUUUGAUUGCUGCAUGAAAUAAAACCAUGGCU